CUGCGCCUUUUGCGGAGAGGAGGCCGGUCUCGUGAGCGCGCGCGCCUGGUCCCUCGCUUGCAAAAAGCAAACAAAAUCGGGUCCCUUUAAACGGGGUGGGCGGAGAGGAGAUUGUCAAGGAGAAAGGAGGGCUUUGGAAGGAGAGGGAGCGCGCGCGCGCAAAGAGCGAGCGAGCGAGGGAGGCGUUUAUUUUGUUCGCCCUGCUCAGCUCUCAGUUCAGCUGCGGGGUUUGCCGUUUAUCCCCCCAGCAAUAACCCUCCAAAUCCAAGCUGCUCUGAUCAUUUUCAGCAUUGCGACAUCGCUGGCGGCCGGGUCACGGCUAUGCUUCUUGAUUGGCUGUAGCCGCGGGCAAGGGACAUCACCCGAGGAAGAGAGCGCGGCUGCCUCCACUGCGGCUGUUCUGUUUCACAAAGCCCCCCCUUCCUUUCGCGCUCCCCCCUCCCGAGCCUUGGAGGAGACGUCCCUCCAGGAAAGGGGGCAACUGGAACGCGGCCGCUGCCCCUCCAGAGAGGGGAGAAUGCUUUGCCGGAAGGCCUUGCCGCGCUCCCUUUCUCCGCUGCGGCCGCUAGAGGGCAGUAUGGGGCGCCCCAAUCCUUCCGCGCAGGGUUUGCUACGGUAGCAGUCAGGCAUUUUCCCUUCCUGUUCGGAGACCAACCUUGCCUUGUUUAAAAAAAAAAAAAACUAGAAGAAUCCGAGGAACUGGCACCUUGAACUUGGCCUUGAUUUGUUCCCCCCGCCCCUCCUUUUCUCUCCCUUUCCCACCCCCUUUCUCAAUCCUUUCUCCCUAUUCUGCUCCUCUCUUUAGCAAACCUCUUCCUUCUCCUUCUCUUCUCCUUCCCCUCUUCCCCCCUUUUCCACCCUCCCUCCUUCCUUCUUCCAUGGCGGAGACAAAAAUAAUUUACCAUAUCGAUGAAGAGGAGACCCCUUAUUUGGUGAAAUUGCCCGUUUCUCCGGAAAAAGUCACUUUGGCGGAUUUUAAAAAUGUCCUCAGUAACCGGCCGGUGCACAGCUACAAAUUUUUCUUCAAGUCGAUGGACCAGGAUUUUGGGGUGGUAAAGGAAGAGAUCUCAGAUGACAAUGCAAGGCUCCCAUGUUUCAACGGACGUGUCGUGUCCUGGCUGGUCCUGGCAGAGAGCUCACAUUCGGAUGCCGGCUCGCAAUGUGCCGAAAGCCACACGGAUCUUCCUCCUCCCAUUGAGCGAACUGGAGGCAUCGGAGACUCUCGCCCCCCUUCCUUUCACCCAAAUGCCUCAAGCAGCCGAGACGGGCUGGACAACGAAACAGGAACCGAGUCAGUUGUCAGCCACCGGCGGGAUCGUCACCGGCGGAGGAACCGAGAAGGCCAUGAAGAUGUGUCUCGCGUCAAUGGACACCCAAAGCUUGACCGACUCUGGGAGCCUCCCCCCGGUUACAAUAGCUCAUCCACCGUGAUGAGCAGCGAACUUGAAUCCAGCAGCUUUGUGGACUCAGACAACGAGGAAAACACCAGCAGGCUAAGUAGCUCCACAGAACAGAGCACUUCAUCCCGUCUCAUUCGGAAGCACAAACGCAGGCGAAGGAAACAGAAAAUGCGACAGAUUGACCGGUCAUCCUCCUUCAGCAGUAUUACAGACUCCACCAUGUCCCUCAACAUCAUCACUGUCACCCUCAACAUGGAAAAAUACAACUUUCUGGGAAUAAGUAUCGUUGGACAGAGCAACGACAGGGGAGAUGGCGGCAUUUACAUUGGCUCCAUCAUGAAGGGCGGGGCAGUGGCGGCAGAUGGACGGAUUGAACCAGGCGACAUGCUUUUACAGGUGAAUGAGGUGAACUUCGAGAACAUGAGCAAUGAUGAUGCUGUGCGGGUCUUACGGGAAAUUGUCUCCAAACCUGGACCCAUCAGCCUAACCGUGGCCAAAUGCUGGGAUCCUACACCUAGGAGUUACUUCACAAUCCCCAGGGCUGAGCCCGUGCGGCCGAUCGACCCCGCAGCCUGGAUUUCUCAUACCACGGCUUUGACGGGAGCAUACCCCCGUUACGGUAUGAGUCCUUCCAUGAGCAUCAUCACUUCUACCAGCUCCUCACUAACAAGCUCAAUUCCCGAUUCGGAAAGUAAGUCACCCUGCCGCCAGGACCAGGCAGGUUUCCUUCCUGCGCAGGGCUGGCAGCGUAGAGAUCAACAAAGAGACAGUGCCCCCCAAAACCACCCCUAUUGGCACUCAAACCUUAACCCCCCCCAAAAUAUAUGCACUUUAAAGUGAUCUCUGGCCCUUUAAGAGGGAGCAGCCAUCAGCCAGGCCGAGAACGGCGGUAGUUCUUAUUCAACUCCUGAGCAGCCAUAAAGCGGGCCAAUCCCAACAGAUGCCUUCAAGCCUGCAGCCAUCUGUCCAGAUGCUCAGCGCGCUCUAGGAUUAAAGGGCCUGGCUGAGGCUUCCCAUCCAGAGCGCAUCACGUACAGUCCUUGGGAUGGUCAUAGAAUCCUUGGGUUGAGAGGGACCUAGAGGCC